UCCAAACAUAAACAAACCGCUCAAACGACUUCAAGAUAAUUUUUGUUAUUCUUCCCUAAAAUAAUGGAACAAGACAACCAAAUAGAAGACAAAGGGGAUGAAUCCGACAUUCCCAAGCCCACUACAGUCGCCUCGGGUCAAAUCAAGGCCAUUGGCAAGGAUACAGUGCACAAAAUCUGCUCGGGACAAGUGGUGCUCAGCUUGGCGGUGGCUGUCAAGGAGCUGGUGGAGAACUCCAUAGAUGCAGGCGCCACUCUGGUGGAGAUUAAGCUGAAAGAUCAAGGACUGCAAGGCGUGGAAGUCAGCGACAAUGGCAGCGGCGUGGAGGAGGCCAAUCUGGAAGGCAUGACCGCCAAGUAUCACACCUCCAAGAUCCGUGAGUUUGUUGACCUGCUGGGCGUGGAAACCUUUGGUUUCCGAGGCGAAGCCCUAAGUUCUCUUUGCGCCUUGUCGGACAUGAUCAUCCAAACGCGUCACAAGUCCACUGAAGUGGGCAUUAAAGUAGAACUCGAUCACGAAGGCAAGUUCAAGAAGCGUUCGCCCUGCGCCCGCGGUGUGGGUACCACGGUGACUCUGUCCAAUCUCUUUGCCACUCUGCCUGUACGCCGCCGUGACUUCACGCGAAACAUCAAGAAGGAGUUCACCAAGAUGUGCCAAAUCCUGCAGGCCUACUGUCUAGUCACCAAGGGCGUCCGCAUCCUUUGCAGCAAUCAAACCCCUAAGGGCGCCAAAACUAUGGUCCUGCAGACGCAUGGCAGCCAGGAUGUGUUAGCCAAUAUAUCAGCGAUUUUUGGAGCACGCCAAGCGUCGGAGUUGGUGCCACUAAAGUCACCCUUCGAGCAGGGUAAACUGAGCGAGGCGGGGCUGCGGGCCGAUCUGGACGCCUCUGUCGAUGCUGCAGACACCACCACCUGCACGCAGGUUACCUCCGAGGAUGUGGAGCGUCUUAAUCAAGCCGACUUUCAGCUGGAGGGCUACAUUUCCAGCUGCCGCCACGGGGCGGGGCGUUCCAGCCGAGAUCGUCAGUUCUUCUUUGUUAACUCAAGACCUUGUGAUCCCAAGAAUAUCGCCAAGGUAAUGAACGAGAUGUACCAUCGCUAUAAUGUCCAGCAGCAGCCCUUUAUCUAUCUUAACAUUGUCACUGCCCGCUCCGAUGUGGAUGUGAAUCUCACGCCCGAUAAACGCCAAUUACUGAUUAACAACGAAAGGAUUCUGCUCUUAGCAUUGAAGAAAUCCCUGCUGGACACCUUUGGCCAGACACCGGCUACAUUUCAGAUGCAAAAUACAACCAUUGUAAGCAUGCUGCAACCCAAGGUGGAGAAAAUAGAAUCUCCUGGAGCACUUGCCGGGGAAGCGAAGGUAAAAACGGAGGAGGAAAGCAAAGUGGAGGAAGAUGAGGCUGAAAAGGUGCCCAUUAGUUCCUCGCAGAGGUUUAUGGACGUGCUCACCCAAUGGCGACGCACUGGCGAUACGAAGGGCAUAGCUCCACCGGCUCCUGCAAAGCGUCGCUGCAGCGAAACUGAACAGUUGGCCACAAGGUCCAUGAAAAUGCAAAAAAUUCAUAAUUUCCUUAGUCAAGAGGCGCCAAAGGAGUCAUCAGAGCAAUCCGGAGAGGAGGAGAGUGAUAUGGAAAAGGCGAAGGAGAACAAGGAGCAGGCCAAGCUUGAUGAUAGUUUCGUGAAUCUAAAGGAGCUGGCCAAGGAGUCGGAGGCCUACGAUCUUCUGACGCAGCCUGCUAAAGCAGCUCGAAUUGAUUGCAAGGUCCUGACGCCAGUAAAAAGCCGCCGUAGUAUUGCAGAAUUUAGGCCAGAGAUCAAGAUACUAAGUAAACCGGAGUCUAAACCGGAAGAGGCUCCCAUUUCCUCGCAGUUAUCCGGCGAAACAGAAGAACACAGUGAAGACGACGAUGACGAUGGCAUUGAACUUCCGACACGCAUAGAAUUCGAUAAGGAGGAGGAUGUGGAAGAGGGACCCGCCCCCAACUUUGCCAGUAGUGAGCUCCAUAUUACAUUGGAGGAGAUUGCUUCCUCUAUAAAAGCCCAAGAGCACCAGCAACGAGAACGGCGAGCACGUGCCAAAUUGCAGCGCCUGCGUUUCAAAAGCGAGAUUAAUCCGAAUCAGAACAAUAACGCGGAGGCGGAACUGCAGCGGGAAAUAGGAAAGGAAGACUUUGUCCGCAUGGAAAUCAUCGGACAGUUCAAUCUGGGCUUCAUCAUUGUCAAGCUGGAGGAUGAUCUCUUCAUUGUGGACCAGCAUGCCACCGAUGAGAAGUACAACUUUGAGACCCUGCAGCGCAGCACUCAGCUGGAGUAUCAGCGCUUGGCGGUGCCCCAAUCGCUGGAUCUGACGGCGGUCAAUGAAAUGGUGCUCAUUGAUCACCUACCGGUAUUUGAGAAAAAUGGCUUUAAGUUUGAGAUCAAUCAAGAUGCUCCUCCCACUAAGAAAGUGCGUUUGCUGGGUAAACCGCAUAGUCGGCGCUGGGAAUUCGGCAAAGAGGACAUCGAUGAGCUCAUCUUCAUGCUGCAGGAUGCACCCGAGGGCACAAUAUGUCGGCCAUCGCGGGUGCGUGCCAUGUUCGCGUCGCGGGCAUGCCGGAAAUCUGUGAUGAUUGGCACUGCUCUCAAUCGAACGACAACAAUGAGGCGGCUUAUAACACAAAUGGGGGAAAUCGAUCAGCCAUGGAACUGCCCACAUGGCCGACCUACUAUGCGUCAUUUAAUUAAUAUCAGCAUGUUAAUGGACAACGAAGAAGAUGAGGAGGAUGACCCUGCCAGUAAAGUAGCUUAAAGUUUUUAAAUUAAAGUCCUGCCUUUGAUUA